CAAUCUUUGGCAGUCUUGCCCCUUCUCCUCCAUCUGUCUUCGUCGAACUGAAUAUAUAGCUUGUUGUUGGCUCUGCUCCGAGGCCAUGGCAAACACCCUGCGGGAGAUCCGCCGUCAGCAGCGUGCGGACGGCCAUGCGGCCGUGCUGGCCAUUGGCACGGCGAACCCGCCCAACUGCGUGUCCCAGGACGAGUAUCGCGACUACUACUUCCGUGUUACCAAGAGCGAACAUCUCACUGACCUCAAACACAAAUUAAAGACAAUGUUUGAUAAAACAUGCACGGUGAAGCGUUUCUUUCACCACACGGAGGAGCUACUGGACGCGCACCCUCAUUUCCUGGACCGCGGGAAGCCAUCCCUCGACGACCGUCUCAGCAUCGCGGGCGCCGCUGCUCCGGAGCUCGCCGCGUCAGCUGCCGCCAAGGCCAUAGCCAAGUGGGGCCGUCCAGCCACCGACAUCACCCACCUUGUCGUCAGCACCAACUCCGGCGCGCACGCCCCCGGCGCCGACCUUGUCCUCGCCUCCCUCCUCGGGCUCCACGCCUCCGUUCUCCGCACAUUGCUCCACCUCAAAGGCUGCUCCGCCGGGUCUGCCUCGCUGCGGCUCGCCAAGGACCUGGCCGAGAACAACCGUGGGGCACGGGUCCUGGUGGUCUGCGUGGAGCUGACCAUCGUGGCCUUCCGUGGCCCCGAGGAGACUUACCCACACACUCUCGUCGGCCAGGCGACCUUCGGCGAUGGGGCCGGCGCGGUCAUUGUCGGCGCUGAUGCCUACGACCCUGUCGAGCAUCCGCUUUUUGAGAUGGUAUCCGCCUUGCAGACGGUGAUACCGAACACUGGGCACGUGCUCACCAUGAAACUCACGGAAGGCGGCCUCGACGGGCAUAUUUUCACGAGGGAGCUAAUACCAAUAGCGGCGGAGAACAUCAAACGAUGUCUGUCGGACGCAUUCGGGCCGUUGUUUGGAUCAGUUGAUGCCGUUGAAUGGAAUGACCUCUUCUGGGCGGUGCACCCCGGAAUCAGUGCCAUCUUGGACAACAUCGAUAGGGCCCUUCGGUUGGAGCCUGGGAAGUUGGCGGCGAGCCGGACCGUGCUAAGAGAGUACGGUAACAUGCUUGGCGCGACGAUCAUCUUCGUGCUCGACGAGCAACGCCGGCGAAUGGAGGAGGAGGAAGGGGAAGGAGGUGAGUGGGGUGUGAUGAUGGGCUUUGGACCUGGGUUUACUAUUGAGACCAUGGUGCUGCAUGCGACUAGCGAGCUCAAGAAAAAUUAG